AUGGUACAAUUGCUCAACACGAUUGGUAUUGCAUCUGGAUACUUCAUCAGUUAUGGUACUAUUCACCGUCACUCGUCCUUUUCUUGGCGUUUUCCGUUUGGUGUGCAAGCGGUCGUAUCCGCCAUCUAUGCUAUAGGGUCUGCUGUCCUGCCCCACUCUCCUCGCUGGCUGCGCUGUGCCGGCAGACAUGCUGAAGCCGAGCUUACUUGGGUGAAGCUAGGUGUCAGCGCAGCUGAUGUGCAGAAAACAAAUGAUAACAUGCAGUCAGAGCAUACUGAUAAUGCCAGCUGGUGGACGGAAGCUCAACAACUGUGGAGGAAGGGCGUCAGGACGAGGACUGCGCUCGGGAUCUUCCUAAUGGGCAUGCAGCAGGCAUCAGGAAUUGACGGUAUGUCGGUGUUAUCCAUCAUUCCCCAUUGUCGUACAGUAUGCACCGGUGUUGUUCUCCCAAGCUGGAUUGCCUUCGACUACUGCAUCGUUCGUGGCCUCGGGAGUGUCUGGUAUCAUCAACGUCGUAUGCACUUUCUGUGUCCAGUUCUUCGCAGACAAUGGGGCCGUCGAACUUCCAUGAUACGGGGAGGCUCUGUGAUUGCUACUGCGAUGCUCUUGAUUGGCACGCUUUACGCUUCACACGCAUCGAACACUGCAGCAGGUCGCUACAGCAUCAUCGUUUUGCCCUACAUUUUCGUUGUCGGGUUUAUUCCGAGUUGGGCGAUCGUAACUCGAAUCAUUUGCAGCGAGAUACAAUCUAUGAGGACAAGGGCAGCCGUUACGAGUCUGGGGCAAUGCGCUAAUUGGGUUUCCAACCUGAGACUAACGGUGCUUCUCUUGAAGAAGUCGACAAGGCGUUUGAUGCCAUGCCUUGGAGGGUUGCGCUGUACAAAGGAACAAACCGAACGAGACACAUUGAAUUGUCGAGUAUUAAUGCUGGGACUACUUGGAGUCAGUAGGCGGGAGUGGGCUGGAAGAAUAGCGGUCGAGAGAGAGGCUCGCUAUAACUCUCACAAGCCCAGAUAUUUAGCCAUUAAUGACGACGCCGUCAUUUCUGGACUGAUGCGGCAGUGA